AUGGAUUCCAGAGGGAGCAGGAGCCCCUCGCAGCAGCAGGACGACGGCGCUAUGAGCCUCAGGCACGACGACCGAGCACUGAGCUCGGACUCGGACACGGACACGGACACGAACACGAACACGGACACCGCGUGGAACAGGAGAUCGGACACGGACACGGACUCUCUGAACGAUGCAAUCCCGUUUGCCUUGAUAUUGGAAUACCAAAACGUCGUUGGAGGACGGCUGCAGCUGAAGGGUAAAGCGCUGGACGUGAAGGAUGGUGGAGUAAAGAAAAAGAAGAAGAAGUACCAGCGUGAGGAGUCGUCUCAGACUGAAUCUAAUAAGAAUGAAGACGAAAAGAACCCACAUUCUGAUUAUGACCAUCUCACACAAGCAGAGCGCCGCUACAUGGAACAGAAGCAGAAGAUCGACAUGAAGAAGAUGGCCAAAGUCGCAAACAAGUCGUACAAGGACCGCAUGCAGGACUUCAACCAAUACCUGGCUAACCUCAGCGAGCACUAUGAUAUCCCCAAAGUUGGUCCUGGCUAA